AUGCCCGCCGCUGAUUUGCUCGAAGCCCGCAUGCGUCAGCUGGCGCGGCCUCCCACCGAUCUGGCUAAAGCGGCUACGCCAUUACGACAACCUCGCUUCAGUGCUAAGGCGCUGUUCCGCGAGCGAUUUGAGCGGACAUUGCGCACGGAAGUCUAUCAGCCGGGUCAACUGGUACUAUUACGGAACUCAGCCAUCGAGAAGAGUGUAAGCGCGGCAGCAAAGAUGGCGCAACAAUAUUUGGGGCCGUAUGUGGUCGCGCGACGAAAUAAAGGCGGGGAAUGCAUACUACAAGAAUUGAAUGGGGCCACGCUGGCGGGAGGAGAGGCGCCGCGUCGACUAUUGCCUGAGGCAGGGAGGGACGAUGGACAAGGUUCAGGCGGGGGUGUACUGAGCAACGCGACCCCCAAUCCCACGCACCUCGCCGUAUGUACAUAUAUCGAAAGGUCCAGGGGCUCCGCAUCCUACAGUACGACCCACCUCGCCUUAAUGUCGUUUGAGUCCUGCAACCCAGGCACCCACCCUAGCGCCGUGCCCUUGUCCCUCGCCAGUCCUCAAUGUGAAGGAGGAGAGAGGGGCGCGGCGCACCCGGCUGCACCCUCAGCCUAUUUCCCGUCGUCGCCAGUUGUUCCACCGCGCUCCCCCUCUGCCUUCAGGAGCCACGUCGAUACCUUCACUCGACUAGCACAGAGAAAUGUUCGGCACAAUGCUGCACCUCGCGCGGGACCGAGCCCCUGGCACCGAGCGGCGCUGGAGAGAAACAUGGAAAAUGUCCCCGAGGUCGCGCCCACCGAGACAGAGGACUUGUCUGCCUACGCGGACCUGUUCACCCUUUCCCCGAGCUCCUCGAGCAGAGCGACCCCCGCGUAUCAAGGCUAUGAAAUGUCUGCCCCCGGUCCUGAUCUUCCCGCCAAUCACCUCUCUGCCCACCGGCAGUCGUCCUACCCCCUUCCCUCCGUGGACGAUUCGUUCGGUAUCGUCGAGGCGUACGCAGAACGGCCACACGCUCUCGCCUAUGUGCCCCCGCCUCCCGGCGCCAUCUAUGAUGACGAGUUCUCGGGGCGCGUGCUUCCUCCCGCCGAGGGAGAGGGAGAUGUGUAUGUGCUGUACGAUCUGGGAGCCAAGGUGCCCGCUGACGGACACGUGGGAGCCUUCAACCUGUACGCUCUUUACCCUUCCUCACCCAGAGAACGCUAUCACUAUUUUCGCUCGGGAACCACCGUCCUCGCGCGCGUAUGGGGAGAACCGGAGGAGGGAUCGGAGACGCCUCUCGAAUUCGUCGAGGCGCUGGAGGUGCGACCGGCGGGGCGUUGGCUGCGCACCAUGGCUUACUUCCGCGGGCGGCGCGCCGUAGUACAGAUUCCACCCACUGCCUGCGCUCUUAUCAGCCGCGAGCUCGUCUGGCAGCUGUAUGAGAACCACCUGCUUGCGGAGCGAUCGCAGUUGGGCUCCUCCACGAAGGAGGCUUACCUGCGAGCUCAGGAGGCCGCGCGCGCACUCACAGUGUGGAACGUUUGCCGCUUGGUCGUCACUCGACGGGCGCCAGUAGCGGAGAUUCCAGUUCCGUCCGAGCUCGAGUUCAACAUCGUCCGCACGCUGACAAUGGCCACCCUGCCGGGACCUCAGCUCGAGUAGCCUGGACCUGAUCGCG